AUGCAUGUCAACCCUUAUUACCCCUUGGCUUGUGGACCUGAGCCUGCAGGUGAUCCGUUUGUGGGUCCAAGCCUAAAGGUCUCCCAUGGGUAUGCCCACACAAAUGGGCCUACGCAGUGGUUAUGCGACAAAUUGUCACGGCCUAACUGUGCAAGAAAUAUUGAUCAUUUAACCACUCAAAAUAUUGGGUAUGAAGGAUUAGAUGAUAAUGGCGCUGAUCCGGGCCUAGUUCCGGGCCUAGGUAGUCCAGCUGGUCAAGGUGGUAUUGUAGGCAUGCUUCCAGGUACACCUAGUGUAGGCCCAGGUCAAGGUGGGUCGGGUCCAGUCCAAGGUGGGCCUGGUACAGGAACUGGACAAGGUGGGUCUGGUUUAGGAACAGGUUUAGGUGGGCCAGGUCUUGGUAUUGGACAAGGUGGGCCAGGUUUUGGAAUAGGCCAAGGUGGGCCUGGUGGUGGAGUUGGAAUUGGUAGUGGUGGUGUAGGUGUUGGUAGCUCAGGAGGCCAUUUUGGGGGACCAGGCUUUGGCAUGGGUUCGAGUUCAGGUGUUGGAGCAGGUAUUGGUGCGGGUACUCGAAUGGGUGGUAGUCUUGGUGGACCUAUUGGUGGACAGACGGGGAUUGGAGGAGGAAUCGGUGCAGGAAUGGGUGGGAGUAUGGGUGGUGGGUUGGGUGGUAUUCCUGGACUUGGAUCGGGUGGUAUUCCUGGGCUUGGGUCGAGUUCGGGUUUGGGAGUUGGUGCUGGUGCUGGGACUAGUACUGGUGUUGGGCCAAACCCAGGAGGAAAUUAG